CCACAAAAUUUGUUACCCAAAUUUCCCAUUUCUCCCCUUUUUUGUUACCCGCUCGUUACUCCCUCUUCUUCUCAUCUUCGUCGCGCCCUAAAUCCCCCAAAUAACUCUCAAAAUUUGCCCCCAAAUUUCCCAUUUCCAGCAACACAAGUCAAUACACCUACACCAAUCACGCUUAUUUUUCCUUUUCAUUUCUUCAAAGGUAGUAGUAGAAAGGGGAGUUCUAGGAAAUCUAGUCGAGAUUCGGCUGAGAAGAAAGAGCCAAUGCUCAUGCUAGGGUUUUGUUGAUUGUUUGAUUUUUAUUGUUUUGUUUAUGUGCUUUUACAGAUUUUAAUCUGAAGAAAUCUUAGCUCCGCUUUUACAACAAUGGAGUGCAAGACUAUUGAACUAGAUCAGGGAUGGGAUUAUAUGCAUAAGGGGAUCAAAAAGCUAAGGAGGAUUUUGGAAGGACUUCCGGAGCCUCCGUUUACCUCAGAAGAAUAUAUGAUGCUUUACACGUACCCUUAAAAAAAAACAGAGGCAGUAAUGAAAAACGAAGAACAAACUCGUUUUUUGUUUGGGAUUUCGCUUUCUGAUAGACCUAAAUGGAAGCAGUUUCUCAUUUGCUCUUCUGGGUUCUUCUUUGGUUACCUUGUCAAUGGCAUUUGCGAGGAAUAUGUAUACAAUAGACUCCAGUUCAGCUAUGGCUGGUACUUCACAUUUGUCCAAGUGUUCGUCUACCUUUUUCUGAUUUACCUUCAAGGUUUUAGUCCAAAGAAAAUGGUGAACCCAUGGAAGACUUAUGUGAAACUCUCUGCUGUUCUCAUGGGCUCUCACAGCCUCACAAAAGGAUCUUUAGCUUUCUUUAAUUACCCAGCACAGCUCAUGUUUAAAUCCACCAAAGUUCUUCCAGUGAUGGUAAUGGGUGCCUUCAUACCUGGUUUGAGACGAAAAUACCUAGCACACGAAUAUGUUUCUGCAAUACUUUUAGUACUGGGUUUGAUCCUUUUCACCUUAGCUGAUGCACAAACUUUACCAAGCUUCAGUGUAAUUGGUGUAAUAAUGGUGAUUAGUGCUCUUGUAAUGGAUUCUUUUCUGGGUAAUUUGCAAGAAGCUAUCUUCAACAUGAACCCUGAAACAACACAGAUAGAAAUGCUGUUUUGCUCCACCGUCGUUGGUUUGCCAUUAUUGAUCCCACCCAUGGUUUUAACAGGAGAAGUAUUCGAAGCAUGGAAUUCUGUUCUGAGUGGAACUGCUGUAUCAAUGGUAAUGAAAUAUGCAGACAAUAUUAUGAAGGUUUAUUCUACUUCAGUGGCAAUGCUUCUCAUUGCCGUUGUUUCAGUGUUUCUGUUCGGCUUCAAUCUUACCCUUGCUUUCUUCCUCGGUGCUACUCAAGUGAUCGAGAUUCCGUUUAACAAUUUUCUUUAUUGCUGGAACAAGUCUUAACCAAGAUCAAGAUCAAAGUACUUCACUAAGUUAUAUAUGUAGGCAUUGCAAUGAGAGGUGAUGAUGAUUUGGCAUUAUAUUCUCACCAGGAUGAAUUUUGUUUUAGAAAUUGAAAUACUUUGUGUGUCUCUGUGUGUGUGUUUUUUUAGUAUUAAAUUACAUAUUGAAUCAAUGUUUAUCUAUUAAA